AAAACAUUUCGUUUUAUAGAGCUAAAAGAAUUAUUGAAAAAUAUCCCCUAAAACAAUGAUAAAGCAAGGAAUAUUAAAUGAAUUGCAAAAGUUUGUGAGCGGCGUCAGUACUUUGCAUCGAGGACUUCCUCUUGGAGCUCAUCCGCAACUCUUAAAAUGUAGUUUGACACUUUUACAGGAGUUGCCUGCAGCGAGAAAUAUUGUUUUCGAGUAUUUUGCUGUCGUUUUCGAUACUUCAGUGAAUAACUACAUUAUUGCCAUAGAAAAGGAUCCGCAAGCAACUCACACUGACGAUGCUAUCUCCGAAAUUCAAGAUGCGUUGGAAGAUUUAGUGACAAACAGUUCAGCUGCAUGGAGUCCCUUAAUUAGUAAUUGGAGUUUGCGACUUCUCGGGCAAUUGUCUGACAAACAUAGUCGUCAUCGAGCAAUGGAUAUUGGAACAGCAUGUACUCUUUGGCUUGGAUCGCCCGCAAUGCGAUGCUUGCUCGGACUUAACGCUUUGUGUUUCGAUAAAUUGACAUCUGCGGAGACUGAAACAUGCAUUAGUAAUUUGUUGGCAACGUUUGUUAAUCAUUCGCCGCACAUGGAUUGGGUUGUAGCGCGCCUCGGAGGAUGUUUUCCAUUGAAAGUUAUCUCAAAGAUUUUGCAAUGUGGAUUGAAGGGCUUUUCGGGAAAUUAUAACAGUACAUUAGACUCGGAAGUUGGAAUAUUAGGAUAUCUUUCGCGUUCCCAUGAGAAAGAACUUAAAUUUGCAUUGAAAGAAAUGGUAGAAGCUGUAAAACAACCAUCGAAUAUCUUGGCGAAUCACACAAUUCCAUAUAUUUUGCAUUUGGCAGAAAUGUCGGAAAUUUUGUUACAAUCCAUUGUUCACGUGUUUUUGGAUGUUUUUGAUGAAUCUUUUAUCAAGCUCAUCAAACAACAAUAUCGACAAUGGCCAAGUAGUUACAGUGCAAUGAAUGUUUUGCAAAUAAUUUCUGGUUUGAUUCUCAAAACGGGCGAUUCAAGUACAAAAAUUCUCAUGAUGUUGUCGAAAAUGGCUCCCGAAUAUAUGUGGUGCAAUGAAUUGUUGGAACUCGUAUUGGUUGAACUCGAAAACAAAACUUUGGAAGACAUUCAUAGCCCCAUCAUGAAAGAUCUCAUGAAACAAAAGACUGAAAUAUGGAAAGAAUGUCUCAAUGAAUCCCCAUUUGUGCAGCAAACCGCUUUGUGGGUAUUACUUCUGAACAGUUUUCGUUCUUCCAUCAUAUAUCAUCAAACAAUAUGUGAACUUCUCUCGUCUCCAACGAACGACUUGAACAAAGUUGCAAUAAGCUCUUUGAUUCGUUUCAUUGGCGGAGUUUAUGGAACAGAUGUUCCUGAUACAAAGCCCGGACUUGCAUUAGCUCUUGAACGCAUAACGUUAGAAGGCAAUCGAAGUAAUGUUAGCUACAAUAUUUUAAAAAAUUUAGUUCACAUGUUGAGAUUGGAAAAAUUAGGCACUUCAGUACAUUUGAGACGACAAAUUUUAACACAAGCAACUCUUGAAUCUAUGAGCAAAAUCUUAUCAUUAUGGGAAACGUUGCUUGACACGAUAAAUGACGAGCUUGAAGUGAAUCUAUCAACAGAUUUAUCACAUGUAGAAAAACGUUUAAGAGUGAAACGCGAAGACGAGGGCGAAAUUGAGGAAGAUGUUGCCGAAAAUUGUCAUACGGAAAUCCAUUUAAUUGCACAAUUAAUCGACGUGUUAGGCAUAACAGGAAAAAAAUCACCUCUAAAUAUGACAGACACUCUAAAAAUGGCUCAAUUGAGUGUCAAGUACUUCUUUUGGAGCUUAACUGAAACAGAUAUCAAUUUACGUGACAAGGCAAUUCAUCGAUCUUACGCUUUACUAUCCAAAAAUUGUAUAGGUCAAAAAGCAGCAUUGGCAAUCACAUUGCGAGAAUUAUUGGAAGGCGCUCUUUUCACGUACGGAAAUCUUUUUGGCUCCAUAGUUGACGAAGAACCCGAAAAAACAAGAAAAUGUGAAAGUUUAUUGAAACUGAAUCAGCAGCAAGGCAUCGCAAUGAUCGCAUCUCGCUCCCUCGUAUUACAUGCGGGCGUAAUUGGCGAUGGUCCAAAGUUACCCUCACGAGAUGCGCAAGGCCCUCAACACGAUAUCAAAAACAUUUUUCUAAAUGCCAUUGAAGCAUGUUGCGCGGAUCCUGAUUUGGCCAUUAAAAUCGAAAGUUACAACUUUGCUGCACUUCUUCUUGUUGAAUAUCUCUCUACAGAUAUCAUGUACAACGGAUUGCCAUGGCCCGAAGAAGAAUUUACGAAAGUUACUAUGGAGCGCGAUUUACAAAUUCGUCGUUCAUUUAAGGAUAAGCCAAUUCUUUGGUCUAUUCUCGGACUUAUCGCAAGUUGUCGUCCUUCAAUUUGCCUAUGUUCCGUCUUAUUACGUGCUUUGUGUGCGAGCGUUUUACAUCAAUGGCGUGCUAAAUCUGUAGAUAACGUUAUUACAAAUCACAAAAAUGACGAUUUGAUGUUCGUUACGGUAGAAUUGUUAAAACUUAUGUCGUUGAGUCAAAUGUUGCCUCCUCCGUUGGAUUAUCUUUAUAUAGUUGUUCAAAAUUUGGAUCCGACGGAAAUUGCAUACGUUCUCAGGGAAUGUGUAUGGAAUUUCAUGAGGGAGUUUGUUCCUUCGCCAAUCAUGUUUGGAUGUGACACAAUGGGAUUACAUUGGAGAGAUCCUUCCGUUGCGAGACCUCCAUCGCAAUUUAUCGAUCCUUUACGCCACACAAUGCAGAAAAAUAUCAAAAAGUUUGGCACUUUAUUCUAUCAAAUGUUUUGCAUUCAAGAUUUGGGAAAAUCUAAAGUGUGAAAAAUUUUUGUUAAGUCGCAAAUAAAAUCAUAUUUUUCA